CGGGCUCCACCACGUAGCUGCCCGGACUGAACCCUGCGCCUGCGCUGUCCUACGCUGCUGGAACAGACGCAGCGGAGCAGAGCACGGGGAGGACAGAGAGAGUUGAGACUUGAGAGCAUGGAUGGCCAGAAGUUCUGCUCGUAAGCAUUGUCGUGAGAAUUGAAUUGCUGGGAUCGGGGAUUCUUGGUAUUGGCCGUAAAUGUGAAAGUCCAAAGGGAGAUGGAAAAUUUUAGGCUUCGGAAGGGUCCCUACAGGGGUGACGUUUCCGCGCUCUGCCUGGUUUCGUCCCCUGUUGAUCGCCGUCUUUUGCUCGCCGGCACUGGGCCACAUCUUUUGCUUUAUGAAAUUCUUACAGGAACACUUUUAAGCUCUAUUGAUGCCUUUGAUGGUGUUAGAGUGCAUGGUAUAUGCUGUGGACCAGCUAUUAGAAAGAAAUCGGAUCCAACCAGUUCAAGUGGAGAAACCCGAUUAUUUACGGUGCUCGUGCAUGGAGAAAGGAGAGUUAAAGUGUUUGAGAUGCUUUCCGUACAUAAGGACGAAAAUCCUCAACUAAAAUUGUUACAGUCUCUGCCCAGAUUCAGUCAUUGGGUCAUGGAUGUACGACUUUUCCCGAGUAAGCAAGCUGAAACUCAAAUACCUCACGCAGCUGGCACAGAAGAAGUAAUGCUCAUGGCUGUUGGUUUAAGUAACAACACCAUCUGCUUGUGGGAUCUCUCGAAUUCUGCCAUUCUCUAUCGAGUUGAAUGUUCAGAGAGGUUACUGCUGUAUUCAAUGAGACUGUGGGGUGAUUCACCAGAGACCCUGCAUGCUGGCGUCGGCACUAUAUUCAACGAGGUUCUUGUUUGGAGAGUGGGUCGCCAAGUUGCAGAGGUAGAGGAUUCUUCAAGGCGUUUAACGGCUCAAAGAGAAGCUCAGGUGCUGCAAGGAGUACCCACCCAUAGAUGCUCAGAACCCUUAACUGCAAUUGAAGAAGUUGUCGAACCCUUGCAGACGCUUGCCGGUCACGAAGGUUCGAUAUAUCGAUUGACGUGGGCAAUUGAUGGUCUUACCUUAGUUUCUGUGUCUGAUGACAGGAGUGCACGUGUUUGGCACAGUGGAGGUAGAGAUAUUAGUACUGGUGAUCAGUGGGUUCUGCCUGUGAAGGUUGGCCCGGUGCUUUAUGGACACGGAGCCCGUUUGUGGGACUGCUAUGUUUCAGAAAAGCUGUUGAUUACAGCAAGCGAAGACUGUACAUGCCGUAUAUGGACGACAGAUGGAAAUUGUCUGACGACUCUGAAGGGCCACCAGGGUCGAGGAAUUUGGCGUUGUGUCUAUGAUCCAGAUCUGAACGUUGUCGUGACUGCUGGUGCUGAUUCUUCUAUCAAGAUUCAGUCUUUGGAUAAGUGGUCACAAAGAAUUGACAACGGUGUUUUGGACCGACACAUCGACUCGAAUGCAAGAGGUUCUCAGUCCAAGCAAGAGGUCUUUAGUAUUGAUCCUGUGUGGUCAGAUGCUACGGUGAAAGGAUCUGGGUAUCUGGAUAGCAAGAGUGAAUAUGUGCGUUGUAUGAGGCUAAGUGAUCAGUCCUCACUCUAUAUUGGUACCAACCAAGGGUAUGUGUAUCAUGUUCAACUAUCACAAAAGCAUGAGCCUGGCUGGACAACACUUGUAGACAACCUGGGAGCACCAGUUGUAUGCAUGGAUGUCCUGGUACAAUCAAAGUCAAAGAAGAACGAAGACCUGCGUGACGAAGACUACCAUCAAAGCGGCGAUAUGGUCGUAGUAGGUGACGGGAAAGGAAAUGUGACUGUUGUCCUAGUAAAGACUGGAGGUCAUACGCAUUGUGGUUGGCGCUAUACAUGGGCCGCUGAAAAGGAGCGUCAACUGCUUGGGGUUUUCUGGUGUAAAUCCUUGGAAGGAAGAUUUGUUUUUACAACAGAUCCUAAAGGCGCCUUCCUCAUGUGGCGUUUGAGUGAUAUGAAUCACGGAGACAGCGCCAGCAACAGGUCUCCCGACACAAGAGCAAAUGACGACGCAAAAGUUGCUGAAAAGAAGAUAAAAGACACACCUGUGUUGGUAGCAGUGGGAAAAUGUUCGUAUGGACGCGUUGUCUGCAUGGAUGUAUGUCCCACUCAGCAGCUCAUAGUGUGUGGAGGGAAGCAGGGAAGCUUGACAGUAUUCUCUUUCCCGAGGAAUAUACUUGAAAAUCGUGAAGAUAAACGACACUUAUUACACAGUUCAAGUGAGACUCCCUUAGAACUGCAGAGCGUGGCCGUUUUCAAGGGUGCCCAUGGUAUAUCUGCUGUCACACAUGUCUCUUUUGUUCCUAAGCAGUCUGGGGAACAAGCUAAGAUACUCUCGACUGGCAGAGAUGGGUGUGUUUGUAGAUUUCAUCUUGAAAGUCAUGUGGCUGCUACCGUGGCUCCUCAAAUGCUUUCCUGCUCAGGAAUCGAAAAGGUGGCUGCAGUGUCGAUGUUGGAGUGCUUGGAACACACAAAUGGUGCACCCAAUUGGACAAAUUUGGAAAGGAAAAUUGCAGUUGGUUUCACUGGCAGUGACUUCCUGUUGUGGGACACGACUCACAAGAGCGAGCUGUUGAGGGUAACAUGCGGAGGAUGGAGGAGGCCCUUUUCUUAUAUUGUUGGAGAGAUGCCUGACUUUCAACAUGCUUUUGUGUUUGUUAAGGGCCAAGUUAUCCAAGUGCAUCGACAUUGGAUCAACUCCAUUGGAGCUGCUCUUGCAAAGGCAGAGUUGGACGUAGCAACUCAAUCCCUCCGUGGUCAGUUCCAUGGGAAGGAGAUCAACUCUGUUCAGAUCUUUCGUUGUGUAGGAGCACAGGCAGCAAUCGACCAGAGUGUUAUGAUAGCCACCGGAGCUGAAGAUGGAACUGUUAGAAUUUCCAGCUAUCUGGAGGCCAAGCAGGAACAGCUGGAUGCAAACUCGGUACUUGGAGAUCAUGUCGGUGGAUCAGCUGUCAGGUCUUUGACCUUAGUAGAUAAGAUACAUUCUCUCGGUAAAGGUUUAGACCUUACUCGGGAUCCAGGUGAAAGACUUGAAUCUUGUUCCGGAGAUGGUGGAAGAAGUGACACAAGACAAUUCCUUUUUUCAGCUGGUGCCAAGGAGGUUUUGACAUGCUGGCUUCUUGAUUGGUUACCUGAAACCUUGGAUGGGGAAGAGCCUUAUGUUGGAAAGGAGAAGACAGGCCAUACUCCACCCUCAGCUUAUGAGAAUCUUCAAGACGUAAUUGCUUUUAACAGUUCGAACUUUACUUCCCAGUGGCUUAGUACCCGAAUGCCCCAGAGGAAACGCUUACCGGCGUCCUCCCGUGACGGGGAGGAUAGCUCAGCUGAGUUUAAAAAUCUGAGUAACCUUGUUACUCAGCUGGCAACUGAAGAUGAUGAUGAAAAGGGAGACACAGGUAUUGCCAUGAAGGUGGACGAUGAUGAUCAUCGCUAUCUGGCCAUGACAGCCUUCGCAGUCAGAUGUGCCAUCACUCGGAAGGUUGUGUGUUUCGUCGUGACAGCAAGUUCUCAUGCUGCAAUAAGCCUCCACGCCUUCCAUGUGGCAACUCGGUCUUGGAAUGAGGUUGCGACUCUGGAUUAUCAAGAGGCUCCUGUCCUUACUAUAGAACACAUCAUCGCUCCGUUGUCGAGCCAACAGUCAGGCAGCGGUGAUGCAUACGUUAUUCUGACUGGAGCAACGAAUGGGAACAUAGCUUUUUGGGACGUCACCUGUGCCGUAGCUGACUACAUGAAUUCCGGCGGCCUCGAUACGCAAGAGUCCGUUGUGAGUGUCUCACGUCCAUUAACAGGGCGAGGUAGUCAGGGUGGUAGACGUAGAAAGACCAGGGAGGAACUCAAGUUGGCCAAGAAAUCUAAAGCCAAAUUGGGGAAGCUGAAAGGGGAUGAUCCGAAUGAGAAUAUUGAAUCUGCAAUGCAAGUUUCUACCUCAUGCGGAGUAAGCGAGUUUGCACAUGACACGCUUACGUCUCUUCCGACAGAUUGUGUAAGGUCUGAUACUGAUGAACUGUUUGGUGCACAAGCACAUGACACUUCGAUCAAUUUACAAAACAUUCCAGCUACCCCCGUAUUGUCCUUUCUUCAAGAAAUCGUAGCUCCACAUCAAUCAGGGGUAAACUGCAUGAGCAUAGCGAGGUUACAAAAUUCUGGAGACGAAGGGUCCGGCACAUCAGAACUGGUUUACAUGGUGAUCAGUGGUGGAGAUGACCAAGCAAUACAUCUGACAACGUUCAAGUUUAUGAACAGAGAAGCGGAAGAUUCACAAGGAGAGGCGUUGCAGCAGACGUCUCUGGUCUUGCAGUGCUUGAGUCGCAGUACAAUCGCCUGUGCUCACAAUUCUGCUGUCAAGGGAAUAUGGACAGAUGGAUCCUGGGUGUUCAGUACUGGACUGGAUCAACGUCUAAGAUGCUGGAAAAUCAAGACCGAGUUUUGUAUGGAGCAGACGACUCGUUUUCAGUCGAUCGUCGUGGAUUCAGAAGGCCAAGAAUCUGAUUGUCCUUUGGUGGAGUGUAUGUCUUGUGUUAUAGACACUCCUGAGGCUGCUUCUUUACACGUCAGCAGUAAUCCGCUGGGGAAAUAUCACAUUGCCGUAGUUGGAAGAGGGUUGCAAGUGAUCAACUUUGAUAGCAUGUGUGACCUACGCUGAAGGACACUUAAUCAUAAUUAUGCUUGAAAUCAUGGCUCCGAAAAUGCAUGUCAUUGAAGGUCUCAAAAUAGCUUUCCCAAGGAUCGCAAUCCUGUGACAUGUUUCGAUGAUCCUGUACAGCACUAUUUACUUCUCUGUAUCGAUGUUGAACACCACUCAAUCUUAAUCGGCUUUAUCAUAUGUUCCAACACUUCCAGG